UUAAGAGAAAAUGUUGCGAACCUUAAGUAACAGUAACCUCGCACAAACCUUACGAAUAACGAUGGAUCGCAAACUUUGCAGUAAUUCGGGAUUUUCUGCCAAAAGGCUUACCGGUAAGGUAGCCGUGGUAACAGCUUCGACUGAAGGCAUCGGCUAUGCCAUUGCGGAACGUCUUGGAAAAGAAGGUGCUAAGGUAGUCGUUAGCAGUCGUAAACAGCAAAACGUCGACCGGGCAGUGAAUGAUCUCCGAAGCGCCGGACUCGAAGUAUCUGGAAUCAAAUGUCACGUUGCUAACAGCACGGAUCGCAAGACCCUAUAUGAGCAUGCAGUUCAAAAAUACGGUGGAAUAGACAUCCUGGUUUCAAAUGCUGCUGUAAAUCCAGAAGUGGGAGGUGUGCUUGAAUGCAGCGAAUCAUCAUGGGACAAAAUAUUCGAAGUGAAUGUGAAAUGCUCAUAUUUACUCGCCAAAGAAGUACUUCCAUAUAUCCGUGAACGGAAAAGUGGUAGUAUCGUUUUUAUCUCAUCUAUCGCUGGAUUUCAACCAUUUCAACUGCUGGGUGCCUACUCAGUCAGUAAAACGGCACUGUUUGGAUUAACGAAAGCGGCAAGUCUAGAACUGGCGUCUGAAAAUAUUCGAGUUAACUGCAUUGCUCCCGGAGUGGUUCAAACUAAAUUUGCCGGAGCUUUACAGGACUCGGAUGCAGCUAAAGAAGAAACAGAGUCACGAAUUCCAAUGGGCCGCAUAGCACAACCGCAUGAAAUCUCGGGUGUAUGCGCUUUCCUCGUCUCAGAUGACGCAAGUUACAUUACUGGUGAAACGAUUGUAGCAUCCGGCGGCAUGGCUUCCCGGUUGUAAACUCUUUUCCUAAAAUAGGUACGUGUCUUCCGAGUUUAGCAACAGUGGUGUUAAAUUCAAACAGGUGAUUGUGUAUUUCAAGUUCAUAAAUAAAACAUUUCAU